GAAAACAGCACCUCUCUUCGCGAGCUCGCACCAUACAUGAGGUUGGGUGUCGUCGGCCUUAUUCCGAUUCAGGAAGGGAUAUGUGUGAUGCAAUGCAUGGAAGACGGAGCUGCCCCUCUUCCCCGCUUGCUGUGAGCUGCCAGUGGUGCUGUGUAAGCUCCCAAACCGCUGGCUGAUUACAUCGCUCAAGCAGCCGUGUUGAUCGUUUGGUGGUGAUUACAUAAAUUGCCUUUCUCUGUCUUUCAUCAGCUCUUCCUUCAACCUACACCUCGCUCAUAACAACACCAACCAUCUGAACCACAGCAACAUGGCUCUCCCACCCAAGUUCAAAGGUCACCGGAUGACCUUCACCGAGGCCACCACCUCUCUCUCCACAACCAACCCGGUCCUGCACACCCUCGAAUUCUACCUCGACUACGUCUGCCCCUUCUCAGCAAAACCAGAAAUAUUCAAAACCCUCAACGAGGCCGUCAUCCCCCACAUCCGCGCCAACCCCCACCUAUCCUCCAACCUCCAGCUCAUAAUCCGCCAGCAGAUCCAGCCCUGGCACCCGUCCUCGACGCUCGUCCACGAAGCCGCGCUCGCAGUCCAGCGCCUGGACCCGUCCAAGUUCUGGACUUUCUCCGCUGCGCUCUUCGACGACCAGAUCGCCUACUUUGAUCUCUCCGUCUUGAACGAGACGCGCAACGAGACCUACAAGCGGCUGGCCAAGCUGGCGGCCGACAGUGUCGGGGUGGACGAGGCGGAGGUGUACGGCCUGCUGGAGGUGAAGCCGGCAGAGGACCCGGCAGUCAAGAAUGCGGGGAAUGGCGUGACGGGUGAUGUCAAGGCCAUUGUCAAGAUGGCGCGGCUGACGGGAGUGCAUGUCACGCCGACGGUGGUGUUUGACGGGGUUGUCGCUGGCGAGAUUAGUAGCUCGUGGACGGGUGAGCAGUGGGUCGAGUGGUUGGGGAAGAACGUCGUGUAGAAUGCGGACGGGAGCAUACAUAGAUCUGACUGAACAGGUGCAGAAGUGAAGUGACAAUAUUGUGACUAGCUGGCUGGCCCUUUCUUGCCGUCCUUUCUUCUUCUGCCCAUAUCCCUCUCACUCUUUCUAUUGCGGGUUAUG